AUGCCUCGAACAUACGUGAAAAAAAUCAAACCAAAUUAUUUAAACGCUGAUGUCGAUCGUGCUCUAUGUCUAAUUAAAGAGAAAAAGCUCACAGUUGUUGAUGCUGGUCGUGAAUAUAAUAUUCCUCUUGGUACUUUAUACAGUCGGCUUUCAGGGAAACGUGGUAGUGGUGGUCGUGGUCGCCCCCCUAUUUUGCUAAAUGAUGAAGAAGAAUUUUUAGUCUAUGUUAUUGAAUUAUUUCAAGAAUGGCAACAGCCACUUACCCGAAAAUGUGUUAUUAAUAUGGCUCGAACAUACAUGAUAGAACUUGGAAAAAAAAUAUCGUCUGAUGUUCAUCUUAUCGAAUGGUUUAAUUCUUUCAUGUCACGAUGGCGGGACAGAUUGAAAAUUGCUACUUCAAUGAAACUUGAACGUAUUAGAUCUCAAUCAUGCACUAAGGAAGUUAUAACGAAAUGGUUCGAACGUCUACAUGUUGUUUUGAGCAAGCUUAAAUUGCUAGAAAAGCCUGCAUCGAUCUGGAAUGUCGAUGAGAGCGGAUUUUUUGAUGAUCCUGGUCGUCGUCAGGUUAUAGUUAAACGUUCAACACGAUAUGCUAUCUCAUCUCAAAGUGGUAGUGGAAAAUCGAUGACCACUGUACUACUCUGUACAUCAGCUGCCGGCAGGUGCCUCCCUCCUUAUAUUAUUUACAAAGCUGCACAACUUUAUGACAGUUGGUGUCCGAAAAAUGGCUACCCAGGCGCACGUUAUAAUGUGAGCACAAACGGAUGGGCUGAUAGUGACACAUUCAAUGACUGGUUCUUGCAUCAUUUUGUACCAAAUAUUGCUGAACUGUUCAAAAACUCUAUAUUGCCAAGUCAUUGUGUUUCUGGUUUUCUUAAAUCCGGAAUUUAUCCAUAUGAUCCUCGAGUUAUCUCAAAAGAAAAGUUAUUAGAACCACCAACAGUAAUUACAAGCUCCUCAUAUCAACCUGUUGCAUGUUCGAAUUCCAUUGAUAAAUCGCCUUCAAACUUUAAUGAUUUAACAUUGAAAGUAUGUCCGUCAACAACUAGACCAUCUUCAUGUCCAAAUAUUUUAUUAGCUGAGCAAACUUUAAGACAAAACAAUAUAUCUUUAACAACAUCAAAUCCAACUGUAAAUUGUCUCAUCACAACUAAUCAAGUUGUUUUAGAUACGAAUCAUUUAUCAAAUAGCAUUUUACUAAAUUCGACCAUGAAAGAUUUAACAAUCUCUCCUGAUAUUUUUUCAAAUCAAAUGGAAUCAUUCAUAUUAGACGGCGUUACCAAUGACAUAUCUAUAGACGCCAAUGCUAGUUUUAACACUAUUAAUACUUCAAAUGUACCAAAUAUCGUGGUCAAUAAUACUCCUGUCAUUUACGAUGAUAAUGGAAAUAAAACAUAUACAGAUUUGGUCAAUGUUUCAAUGGUGGCGAACACCAACAACAAUCAAGCAUUAACAUCACCACCAAUGUAUUUCAAUCGGAAUUUAUAUACUGACAAUAUCUCCAUAUUUGCAUCAACAUCCAACCACUGUAUAGCACCUCUACCUGUAACGCAUUUAAACGCAAAUGCGUCGAACAACUCUUGUGAAAUAUCUAGUAACGAUUAUUCUACGUUACCAUCGAAUCAAAACGAUAAAUUAACGACUCAAACAGUGCUCAAUGCUAUAACAACAGCAAUUGGCAAGCACAUGUCUCCUAUGAUUACAUCAACAAAUAAACGUAAACGAAUGGUAGAACGUCCCUACGGGGAAAUAAUCGAAAUAAAAAAAAAAACAUUUCUUACUGUUGAUAAUGAAGGCUCCUACAGUGCUACUGCCGAUCAAGAUUCAAAACCAAAAGAAGUGCCAAUAGCGACACCAGUGUCCUCGAUGCAACAUCAAUAUAUUUCGAACACAAUUUAUCAACCUCCAUUUCACAAUACAUCACCGUUAAAUCAACCUGUUUUACAAUCUCAAUUGAUCCCUUAUUCAUCAUAUGCCACUGGUCCAAUUGGCCAAUCUCAAUCGAAUCCUUAUUCAUCAUAUGCAACGGGUCCAUUUGAUCAAUCGCAAAGGGAUAAUGCAGCAAGUCAAAGUUGGGUGUACUGGCAGUAUCCUAAUACGAACAAUUAUCCAUUAUAG